AUGGCUGCAAGAGAAGCAGGAGAAGAUGUGACAAUGAGAGCAGUGCUCCUGCAGCUCAUUGACAUCACUGCCUUCAACCUGGCUUUUCUAACAGUCACAGAGGCCGCAGCUGCACCACAAAGACAUUUACUCACUAGAAAACAUCAGAAUAAGCCCCUUAUUAUCUCUCAAGUGUGGUUCGGAAGAACGUACGACCGUCGGAUAAUAACGCGGCCGCUUCCGAACUAG